GGUCUCUAUCUCUCUCCCCAUUCUUCCUGAUCAUGGGAGAGAGAUUGAUACAAAUCAUUACCCACUGAUCUGCUGUGUUAAUUACAGAUUUAUACACUUCUAAACUGCGUUUUAAACCCUAGUUCCACGAUUUUCGUUGAAUGAAAUCGAUCCAAUGCAUUGGUGUUGCAGAAAGGGAUUGAAUCAUUGGAUUAUAAGGAGCAAAGAGUGUCAAUAUUGUUCGUGUAAUCUGGUAGAAUCUGAUUACGAUGAGACAUUUUUGGGGGAAACUAUUAUAUGCAUUGGAAAGGAUCAAUCGGAGGGAGUUCAUCGUCGGUGGUGUUAGGGUUUUUUUGUUUGAGAAGAAUUUAGGGGAUCAUUAUGCAGCUACACUUCUCACCUAGUAUGAAAAGUUUAACGAUAUCGAGCAGCAAUGGAUUUGUUGACUUGAUGAAGAUCAAGGUCGCAGCUCGUCAUAUUUCGUACCGUACUCUAUUUCAUACUAUCCUUAUUCUUGCAUUCUUGUUGCCAUUCGUGUUCAUCCUUACAGCUCUUGUUACUCUCGAAGGUGUCAACAAGUGCUCCUCAUUUGAUUGUUUAGGCAGGCGUUUGGGACCAAAGCUUCUUGGGAGGGGUGAUGAUUCAAGGAGGCUUGUUAGCGAACUUUACAAGAACCUUAAUCAAGUGAACUCUAUAGAAGUCCCGGAUGGCAUAAAGCUCCCUGAUAACUUCACACAGCUUGUUUCAGAAAUGAAAAGCAGCAAAUAUAAUGCAAAGGAAUUCGCUAUUAUAUUGAAAGGAAUGAUGGAGAGAUCUGAAAAGGAGAUUAGAGAAUCUAAAUUCGCAGAACUAGUGAAUAAACACUUUGCAGCAAGUUCUGUUCCAAAGGGCAUCCAUUGUCUCUCCUUACGGUUGACUGAUGAAUACUCUUCCAAUGCUCAUGCACGGCGGCAGUUGCCGUCACCGGAAUUUCUUCCGGUUCUUUCCGACAACUCGUACUACCACUUUAUCUUGUCAACUGACAAUAUCCUGGCGGCUUCAGUUGUGGUCACUUCUGCCGUCCAAUCGUCUAUAACACCUGAGAAAAUCGUCUUCCAUGUGAUCACCGACAAGAAAACUUAUGCAGGUAUGCACUCUUGGUUUGCCUUAAACCCGUCUCCCCCUGCCAUCAUUGAAGUGAAAGGUGUUCAUCAGUUUGACUGGUUGACCCGAGACAACAUUCCUGUUCUUGAAGCUGUGGAGAAUCAUAACGGAGUUCGGAAUUACUACCAUGGGAAUCAUGUAGUGGGAACCAAUCUUAGUGAUACCACUCCAAGAUCAUUUGCCUCCAAAUUGCAGGCUAGAAGCCCCAAAUAUAUAUCAUUGCUGAAUCAUCUUCGCAUAUAUUUGCCAGAGCUCUUCCCCAACCUUGAUAAAGUGGUUUUCUUGGAUGAUGAUGUCGUGAUUCAACGUGAUUUAUCCACACUUUGGGAACUUGAUCUUGGUGGAAAAGUCAAUGGAGCUGUGGAAACUUGCCAAGGCGAAGACUCGUGGGUAAUGUCUAAGCGGUUUAGAACCUACUUCAACUUUUCUCACCCGUUGAUAGCGAGAAGUUUAGACCCGGAGGAAUGUGCUUGGGCUUAUGGGAUGAAUAUCUUCGACUUGCGGGCAUGGAGAAAGACUAAUAUUAGAGAAACAUAUCACACAUGGCUGAAAGAGAACUUGAAGUCGAAUUUGACAUUAUGGAGGCUCGGAACUCUACCCCCCGCCCUUAUUGCAUUUAGAGGUCACGUUCAACCCAUUGACCCAUCUUGGCACCUUCUGGGGUUGGGGUACCAGAGCAAAACGAGCAUCGAGAGUGUAAAGAAGGCUGCUGUAAUUCACUACAACGGUCAGUCAAAACCAUGGUUAGAGAUAGGGUUCGAGCAUCUUCGCCCUUUUUGGUCUAAAUACGUCAAUUACUCCAACGAUUUUGUCAAGAAUUGUCACAUCUUGGAGUAGUGGUUUUUUCCUCAGAGUUGUGUGCAUAAACAAAAAGAUUGGGAAGAGACCCAAAACUCAAAAGCAAUUUUGUCAAUAUUCAUUAUGAAUAGAGAAACGGGAAACGGUUAAAUUGGCAAAUGGAACUCGAUCUGCUGCUUUCCCACUUGGGAUCAAAGAAGACGUGCAUCGAGAGCCAUACGAAGGUAUAUUUUGGCAUCAAUAUUCAUUAUGAAUAGAUAUAACAGGAACUAUGGCUCGGCCCAGGUAUGGAGAACGUGAAAGCGCCCAUCUUGCGCGAGCUAUAUCACGAUCGUUAAGGUUCGAUUCUAUCUCAUCUAGCUUAUGAAACAACGAUUCUUGCCACCUGAAACUUUUUUUUACAUAAUCGAGGCAGUGUAUCUUUGAAACUGCUUUGUUACAGAACCGUUUUAGCCUGGAACUUUGUUCAUAGGUUAUAUAUGGUCGUUGUCGUGUACUAUACUCGAGAUACGUUUAAAAUGUGCAGUAAAUUCUUUUUGAUC